AUAGUGGGAGACUGGGUGUAAUUGUGUGGAUAGAGGAUAGUAAAGGAAAAGGCUGAAGGGUUGGGAAUGAUAAGAGAAAACAGAAUAAAACCUCAUUCCUAGUUAGUUUACCCUCACCCCAUUGGCUUGUCAGAGUACCUAUCUCUGCUUGGGCGCCCUGGCAACAGGUGCCAGCCAGGCGAGAACACAUACAGUACCCUAGAGAGAGGGGGGAGAGAAGGAUGGAGGAAGGGGGAGAGAGAAAACGAGUUUGACGUGGGAGAGAAAGAGAUGUGAGAUCGAGGAGCAUCAGCAACACAAGGUAGGGUGAAGAGAGAGAGAGAGAGAGAGAGAGAGAGAGAGAGAGAGAGAGAGAGAGAGAGAGAGAGAGAGAGAAAAAACCUAGAUUUCCAUAGCGAGUUACCAGGUCAGGUAUUCCAGCGGAUGCUCUCUUGACUCUCUCACCCCUCACCCUCUGGGAGUGAUGCUGAUCUCUGAUCUGCCUGUCUGAGGAUAACUUCAUAACUCCGCCCUCUGUUACCAGCAGAAUCAGUGUUUUCCUCCUAAUGCUUCCAUAAGCCCACCCGUGGGAGCCACCGGCAAGGACCUGCUCAGCGAUUGGACACUUGCUACGGUACAGCAGGAGGGCGGGUUAUAAACCUGCCGGUUGGGGCGUUGCAUAUUCAUCGCCAGCCAUGAAUACAUAAUCAGUCCAGGAGGUUACUCUGGACUACCGGGAAGAGGAAGAAGUGGAUACAACGUUUGGAGGGAAUUCACUCAACUUUCUCAGGUCUUGACAAUGGCGACGAUUGCGCUGCUUGGAGAACCGGAAAGGUGUUGACGCCUUGUUUUCUACUUGCCUUUCUUCUUCCUCUUUUCCUGUGGGUGUGUCUGCAGUGCUGCGGUCGGAUGUGUCCGCCACUCCUGACAGAUGUUGGAGUCGUCUAGAGCCGAGGAGGAUUUUAAUUUGACAGUUCGGAGGGCAGAAGACCCAUGGCUGAGCUCCACCGCGGCCCCUUUGCCCUUACCCCCUGUCCCGCUCUCACCUGCCCGCCGAACUUGCUCCUACUGUGGGGAUAAGAGCCGCUAAGGAGGGGCUCCUCUCUCCAUCCAUGCUGCCAGGCUGCUCCUGUUGCCAUGCUCAAACCACCCAAGAAUAAAAAUGUCUCCUGGGGUUCGGCGGACUCCUACACCAGCCGUCCAUCAGACUCCGAUGUGUCCUUGGAGGAGGAUAAGGAGGCCGUGCGACGAGAGGCAGAGCGGCAGGCUCAGGCACAGCUGGAGAAGGCCAAGACUAAACCGGUUGCGUUUGCUGUCCGCACAAAUGUCAACUACUGUGCCACCAACGAUGACGACGUCCCCGUGCCGGGCAUGGCCAUCUCCUUUGAGGCUAAAGACUUCCUCCACGUCAAAGAGAAAUUUAAUAACGACUGGUGGAUAGGGCGCCUGGUGAAGGAAGGCUGUGAAAUCGGUUUCAUCCCCAGUCCUGUGAAGAUCGAGAACACUCGGAUACAACACGAGCAGAGAGCCAAACAGGGCAAGUUCCAUUCCGGUAAAUCGGGAGCAAACUCCUCUACCAGUUUAGGUGAAGUGGUUCCUAACUCGCGGAAAUCCACCCCCCCUUCCUCUGCCUUUGACAUAGAUGCCACAGGCUUAGACCCCGAGGACAAUGAGCUUCCAGUCCACCUCCGCUCCCCUAAAGCCAGUCAGCCAAACACUGUCAUGUCAUCCACCCUAGCCAAAGAGAAACGAAUGCCCUUCUUUAAGAAGACGGAACACAUUCCUCCAUACGACGUUGUGCCUUCCAUGCGACCUGUGGUCCUGGUUGGACCGUCACUGAAGGGCUAUGAGGUGACAGAUAUGAUGCAAAAGGCACUGUUUGACUUUUUGAAACACCGAUUUGAAGGGAGAAUAUCAAUCACUCGUGUCACGGCAGACAUCUCUCUUGCCAAGCGCUCGGUCCUCAACAACCCUAGUAAGCACGCCAUCAUCGAGCGCUCCAACACACGCUCCAACCUUGUAGCUGAAGUGCAAAGUGAGAUAGAGCGUAUCUUUGAGCUGGCCCGGACCUUGCAGCUGGUGGUUCUGGACGCAGACACCAUCAACCACCCGGCCCAAUUGGGAAAGACCUCCCUGGCCCCUAUCAUCGUCUACGUCAAGAUCUCCUCUCCUAAGGUUCUGCAGAGGCUCAUCAAGUCCAGAGGGAAGUCCCAGGCCAAGCACCUCAAUGUCCAGAUGGUCGCUGCAGACAAACUGGCCCAGUGCCCUGCCGAGAUGUUUGACAUCAUCCUGGAUGAAAACCAACUGGAGGAUGCGUGUGAGCACAUGGCUGAUUACCUGGAGGCCUACUGGAAGAGCACCCACCCCGCCAGCUGCAACCCCCCCAAUCCGCUGCUGCCCAAGGUGUCCACAGCCGCCCUGCCCUCCAGCCCCGCUCCUGUCUCCAGCAUGCAGGGCAGCGGGGCAGAGCUUAAAGCAGGGGACAAGGCAGGACACGGUGUGGAGAGGAAGGGCUCCAGGGAGGACCACCACCAUCACCAUCACCACAGCCAGCAUCAGAGCCAGGAGCAGCCAGACGGGGAGAGGGAGGAGGAGGAGGAGGAGGAAGAGGAGGAGGAGGAGAAGGAGGAGGAGGAGGGGAGGCCCCUGAGGACAGAGUCUUCCAGGAGACCCCAGCACAUCCACCACCGCUCCUCCUCCCAGCGGACUGAGCAGCACCACAACAACCACCACCACCAUCAUCAUACUGGUGGCGGUGGUAGCCGGGGCAAGGGCCUCUCCCGGGGGGAGACACAGGACUCAGAGACCCCCGAGAGCCGGGAGAGCAGAGAAAGCAGAGACUCGGCCUACAUAGAGCCCCGCACUCACCUCCUGCACCAGGAGGAAGAGGAAGAAGAGUUUGGAGAGGAGGAGUAUGAGGAGGAGGGGCUGGGAGAGGCGGGGCACCCUCAGCAGGGGCGCUACGAGGCUCCGCCUCACCCCAGAGACCACAACCACCAUCACCACCACCACCAUCACCGUGGCGGCACUGGCGAGGAGGCGGACCACGGUACGACAGGACACCACCGCUCCAAGGAGCGCAACGAACAGGACCACAACGAGCGCAACAAGCCGCGCGGUCACCAGCACCACCAACGACCGGCCCGCGACCACCACCAGUACUAUGACCGGGACAGGGACAGGGACAGGGAAGGGGAGGUGGCCCCCAAAAAGAGGGGCGACACAGGGGACUGGGCCAGAGACCCCUAUAUUCACCAGUGACAGCCCAGCCCCUAGACCACAACCCCCCUCACACACUGAGACAGUGGUACUGUAGGACUCACCCCCCUCUUUCCCAAACCAUUCUGUUGUCCCAUCUUGCUGCUAUACUCUUAAGCCCCUGCAUCCCCUGUUUAUGUCCGCCUCCUUUGUAAAGCCUGCUGCAUCCUUAGCAACGGCACUAUUUUGAUCAUAUAUAGAUAUGGAUAUAUAAAUAUAUAAAUGUGUGUAUCAAUACAUAGACGUUGUCGUUUAUGUGUGGAUAUGCAUGGAUCUUCUCAAAUAUGCAUAUUUUAAACCUGUGUUUGAUAAAGCAUGACACAACAGCAGAAUUCUCUUCUGUACUGUGCUUUCUGUGAUUAGCGUUUUUAAAUUGUAUUUCUAUAUUGUUUUUUUUCUUUUUCUUACUGCCACUUGAACAAUAAUUUGUUCAUUCAGACUACUGUUAACGGUGACUGACUGAGAAGUGGGAAACCAGGUAAGGUUAAAUGCUAAAUAUUUGCGAUUGUUUUAUUUCUGUUUAAUUCAAAUGUUCCGGUUUUUUUUCUUUCUUUUUUAAUUUUUAAAAAAUUCUGCUCAUUUUCGGUGUUUGGUCCUCUGACAUUGGUUCCUCUGGUGUUGAUUCCGCCUCUCCAUUGGGGCACACCUUGGUCUUGCCUUACAAGACAAUUAAUAGUGACAUGACUUGCUGUCUUACAUUACAGUACUGUUGUUCUAUUUAUAAAGGGUCCAGAAACAUUUUAUAACAUUGAUAACACUCUGUUCAGCACUUUUAGCACAGCAUUCUGUAGACUGAUUCACAGUGUUGGUGUCCGGUGUACAGCGAUUUGAUAUUUUAGGGUACAGUUAUCGGGUCAAACCAAUCCACUCACACACUAGGGGACUUUUAUCUAUGAUGAUAUGUCUUUUUUAAGUUUGACCAUUUUCUAAGGACAGUUCCAUGUACUUAGUACAGUCCAAUUAGCUAUGAAUGUGCAUUAUGAGGUAUUGUGAGAAAUUUGCCAAUUGUCCACUUUUUCUUUUGAAAAUCAAUCACAACCACUGAAUGAUAUCAACUGGAUGAAAAAGGGAAGCCUUUCUGCUAAGCUACUGUGGUCAAGAAAUGUCGUAAGCCCCAAGUUAUAACCGGAGCCAUACAUUUAGAAACGUUUUCUCUCUAAAAAAAUAUUUAUUUUAAAAUAUAUGGCUCUGGUUAUAACCUAGCACAGUUGAGGUUAGGGCCAACUCCUAACUUAGUUCAGGCUGCCCUCUAUAAAUUAAGGGAGUUCAUGUGCCCAAAAUUGCACCCUAUUCCCUAUAUAGUGCACUACUUUUAACAAGGGUGCACUAUGUAUGAAAUAGCGUUCCAUUUGGGAUGCACCCCUAGGGUAUCCUGUCCCUCUGUUUACAUUACCAUCAACCAACCAGUCCCCUAGAACAAGUCUUAGUUUUUAAAUGUUAUUUUUGCCUCAAAUAUUAUGAUUAUAAUGUACAAUCCAUUUAUAUGCUACUGUAGUAACACUACACAUUUUUAAGAGUGUACAUUUGUAUGUACAUAUGUAUAAAUACAAAAAAAAUAAACUUGGCAACAAAGGAUUUAUGUAGAGGACAAGAAAA